CUCAGAUUUUCGCCUUUCUUGUUUCUCUCUUUCCGUUUUCCUCUUUCGCUCUCUCGAUCUCUCUUUAUAUUAAUCUCAACCCUAGAACCCUAGGUUCUCCUUUUUCCUUCGCCGUCUACGGCGGCGACUUUCCAGACCGCCAUCGGUGCUUAAAUCUGGCCGUAUUUUCAUCCAUCGCCGCCGCAACAAUCGCCGCCCCUGGAUCCGAUUCCGUCGUGUCGACGUUUCGGAUUCGGUUUGAACAUACCGUUUUCUCUGGAUUUACCUUCGGAAUUUACGUUUUCACCCUUUUCGUUGCUAAAGUUACUGGCAUUCACCGUCUGCUUCUUCUUCGUUGUUGUUUUUUUAACCGCACCAAGUCCUUUAUUAUUAUUUUCCUUUUUUAGUUAUUUUCCUUCUUUUUUGUCCUUUUCCUCUUGUCUUUCACGAUUUAAAAUUUGUUACGUCCGAAACGUCCAACUCUAGUGAUUUGACGGGUGAACCUUUUUAGGAGUAGGAAUUUACGAUUUUACCAUUUUGUAGUGCCACGUGGCAUGAUCUAAGGCUGAAGAUGAGUAGUGUUCACUCACGCACCACCACCACCAUGUUGCCUCCUGGGGCGUCUAGGAAGCGGAAGGAAGUUGAGGCGUUUGUGAAGCCGAAAGCUGUGGGAGCCGACUCCGUUGUGUCGAAUCGCCUUCUGGCUGGCUACUUGGCUCACGAGUUUCUCAGUAAAGGCACUUUGUUUGGGGAGAAAUACGAGCCGGCUCGAAGUGAAGCCGUUGGAAUGACUUGCUCGCGGCCAGCCGAGUAUAAGAAGACGAAGCCGGAAGCCGCCGCUGCGCCUAGUGUUGAAAAGGAAAAUCAGAGCUAUGCUGAGGUGGCAAGCAUCUUGAAGAUGGAGGGGGCCCACUUGCCUGGGAUUGUUAACCCGGCCCAGCUCGCUCGGUGGAUUAAAAUGUAACUGCUUACGUGGCGUCAUUUCAUUGGCUGUAAAUUUUAGUUUCUAGUUUGCGUUAAUAUUUCCCAUUUCUCAAAACUGCAAGGAUGGGAGAUGAGAGACGAGUUUCCUCUCUCUCUCUCUCUCUCUCUCUCUCUCACUUAAAAUGCUUUCUGGAAAUUUUCUCUUUCUUUUAUGUUCUCUUGAUUUUCAUAUCGGCGUAGCGAAAUCUGUUACCGAUCAAUGUAUAGGACUGAGUUCGGAAACGGAGAAUCGGUUCGGUUUGUUCUAAUUCUGUAA